GUGACGUCUGGGGCUCUCGGGGUCUAAACUACUCCGCGUCCCAGGAAGAAGACGAGAAAGGAAUCCACCGAAUAAGCCCCCGUUUCCCAUAGUGCUCGCACGAUCUUGGUGGCGACGGCAUCGCCGAGGCAGAUGGCCGGCCGGCGAGAGGCCCCCCUGAUGCGCAGCGGCAGUGGAAGUGGGCAGCCGCUGUCGCGCGGGUCCCGCAUCGCGGCGGCGGUAGCCGUCGGCGUUACUCUCGGCUGCGUCUGCGCGUUCCUCUACCCCGACGGCCUCAUCUCCCGCUCCUCCGACUCCGCCCUCCACUGGCCUCGUCGGGCUGACUCAGUUGCUUGUGAGACAUCUGAGAAAGUUGAUUACUUAAAGUCACAGUUGGCAUCAUUGGAGAGAAAAAAUGCUGAAUUCAGGAAGCAGAUCAAUGAGCUCUCAAUGAAGCUUCAAAUGGCUGAACAUGGAAAGACCAAGGCUUUGUAUAGGGCUGGUCCUUUUGGUACAGUGAAGGCGUUCAGAACAAACCCAACAGUUAUGCCUGAUGAAACCAUCAACCCCAGAUUGGCCAAGAUACUGCAACAGGUUGCUGUGAAAAAGGAACUCAUCGUUGCAGUGGCAAACUCUAAUGUGAAACAGACACUUGAGAUGUGGUUUACUAAUAUCAAACGAGUUGGAAUUUCAAAUUACUUAGUUGUCGCAUUAGAUGACAGUGUAGAGAGCUUCUGCAAGUCCAAAGAUGUUCCAGUUUACAGGCGAGAUCCUGAUGAAGGUAUUGACAGCAUAGGGAAGACAGGUGGUAACCAUGCUGUUUCAGCUCUGAAGUUCCAGAUAUUGAGGGAGUUCUUGCAGCUUGGGUACAGUGUUCUCCUCUCUGAUAUUGAUAUUAUGUUCUUCCAAAAUCCCUUUGAUCAUCUUCACAGAGACUCUGACAUAGAGUCCAUGAGUGAUGGCCACAACAAUAUGACAGCUUAUGGUUUCAAUGAUGUGUUUGAUGAGCCUUCAAUGGGCUGGGCCAGAUAUGCACACACGAUGCGCAUAUGGGUUUAUAAUUCUGGAUUUUUCUUCAUAAGGCCAACAAUUCCUUCAAUUGAGCUUUUGGAUAGGGUAGCUGGUCGGCUUUCUCGUGAACCCAAAUCGUGGGACCAGGCAGUUUUCAAUGAGGAACUAUUUUUCCCCUCUCAUCCUGGUUAUGAAGGUCUUCAUGCAUCGAAAAGAACCAUGGAUAUAUACCUCUUUAUGAACAGCAAAGUUCUCUUCAAGACUGUCAGGAAAGAUGCUUAUCUACGGAAUUUGAAGCCAGUAAUUGUGCAUCUGAACUACCAUCCUGACAAGGAGGAGCGGAUGAAAGCAGUGAUUGAAUUUUAUGUUAAUGGAAAACAAAAUGCACUUGAUCAUUUCCCUGAUGGAUCAGAAUGAUGAACCGAAAGCUUAUCAGGAACAGCAAAUGGCCAUUCUUGUUGACUGUUGCUCUUGAAACUCUGAAUGGAGGCACAAAUUUAGUAACUACUAUAAAGUAUACAUCAUCAUUUUGAAUCCAUUGUGCUUCAAAUGUCCUUCUUUCACUGAGUAUCUAACCCCAAGUAGUUCUGUAGUUAUUAACUUAAAACUAAAUGCGGUUCGUCAUACCUUCUGUAUUUUAUUGGACUUGAACAUUUUGAAGACUCUAGCUAGUAAACAACUAGCAGUAUUGCCUGAACAA